AUGACACUGCUGGCCUCCGAGAGGUCGCUUCUCAUCCGGAACAAGUUCCGCUCAGUCCUGCAGCUGAGGAUUCAGAACCGAAGGCUGAGUGAAAUCAAUGCAGACUCAGGGCUGAAAUCCACGUGUCUGCCUCAAAAAGCUGAGAAAGACCAGAGUGAAGCUCUGCGUCUAACUGAUGACGGUGCCACUCAGAAGUUGCCUCCUGGCGGUCUGAAUGCUGAAACUGCACAAGAGCGGACUGCGUGUGGGGCCCACAGGCAGAAGAAAACUCACCAGGCGCAGGACCUCACUGAGAGGAUCCAGCGCCCGCCUGGACCUGUGGAGCAGCAGCUCGAACGCACGCCGCCUCCGGAGAACGGUCCUGCCUCCUUCCCUCUGACUGCUGAUGUCUUCGAAGAUGACAUCUCCUCCUCCUCCUCACCCACGGAGCAGCACAGCACUCACCAAUCACCAGCUUUUUCUUCAUUGCCGAGGCUCUCAGGUGACCAAUUACUGAGUGACUGCUCGGCUCUGGUCCCGACCCUUAACCACGGUCCCUGUCAUGCUCAGUCUGGUUUGGCAGUGCUCCCGGGAACCGAGGGCAUCAGACAACCUAUGAGCGUAAAGCUGAGUGACUCAAACUCCAUGGCAACGACUGGGAGGCCGACUGGGAUGUAUCUGACCUCUCAGACCACACCCCUGCUGCCAAAGACAGCUCGGCCUCCCAACAACCCCUGCACCUCAACUCUGCCUCACUCCCUUAACUUCACCCAUCUCCCCCGCCCACGGAAACCGCGGGACACCAAGCCCAAAAUGAGGAAACUCAAAUAUCAUCAGUACAUUCCUCCAGACCAGAGAGGAGGGGCUGGGACAGGAGGGGUGGGAGCCAAACAGAAGAGCCCUAACCCUACCCAGUCUUUAGACCCAGCCUAUUCUGACCUUCUGAAACAGCAGCAGGUCUUCCUUCAGCUUCAAAUCCUCCAGAACCAACAGCAGCAACAACCACAAGAACAGAUCACUGUUGUACCCAGUGGGGAAUCUGGUGAUCUGAAGUCUUCGGGAGCCAUACCACAGAAUCCCCAACCUGUUCCUGCUACAACCAACCACACCCCUACGGACACAAACCCUCCAUCAAAGCCUGAGCUUCUCCCUGCUAAUCUGGUUGAUUUAACAGUGUCAGAGUUACGGCAGCAGCUGCGUAAGCGCGGCCUUCCUGUCUCCGGUACAAAGCCUGCCCUAUUGCAGCGACUUCGUCCUUUCCAGCUUCCCAGUGCUUGCCUCACCCCGGCUCCCCUCUGUCAGCUGGGUACCAGCCCGGAGCCACUCACCCCCUGCCCCUCAUUGCCAUCCAGCCAGAGCCCUGGCUCCAGCUCCGGCUCUGGGCUAGACUCACCCAGCAGCAGCCCGAACCAGCAGCUUUACAUCCAGGAUAGGGCAAUUCCUAAUGGGAUUCUCAGCAGCGCUCCAAAUAGAGUUCCAAAUGGAAUUCUAAACACUGUCCCAAACGGUUUCACAAAUGCUGCAUCAGUCAGUUUGGCGGGGGAACCGUGCAGUCUCACCAACACGGUCUUCUUAGCUCCUGCCAGCACUGCCUCAGGAACUCCAAGUCCCAGUCUUCCCAUGUCAUCCUCCUCACCCCUACAGUGUGGGACUCCCUGGAGAACUGAGAAGGAGCAGCAGCAGCAGAAGCAGCAACAGCAGCAGGAGCUGAGUGUGGAGCUGGAGAUGAGGGAGAGAAUAAGGAGCAGGCCCAGAGACCGCUCCACAUGUUCCGGCAAUGAGUCUUGUGGAGGAUCCCUCCAUCCGUUCCUGCAACAGGAUCCGGGAUGCUCUAGAGGGAAGCAAGAAACAGAUGCACACGCAGAGGUGUUGUUUACACAGGUGUUUUGCUGCCAGCCCUGUGAUGCAAUUGGCAAUGACUUUGAACUGCCAGUGCAGAUUACAGCAAGUCCUAUUCAGACCUUACCCUCUGUUCGCAGCUUGGAGGAAGAGCUACAGGAGGCUAUCCAGAAAGCACAGAUGGACCCUCGGCAGUCCAUUGAUGACAUUCUAGAUGAGCCUAUUGCUUCUGUCGACUCCGUCAAUGUGUCUGACCAUAAAUCUCCUGCCCACUCAGCCCGUUCUCCUUCUCCUCUUCAAAAUGAUCAGUCCCAGGCUUCCCAGCAGCACCACAAGGACGACAACUCCCUGCUUUCACCUCUUUGUUCCUCUCUCUUGUUGGAGCUUCCUCCAUCCCCUGCUGUAAUAAACCCGAGCCAGGUAGUCCCACUUCCUCCUCCACCGCCCAUCUGUACCUCCCCAUUGCCAUCCACCAGGAGGUCACGGAAACGACGGGCUCCAACACCGUUCGACGCUGCUGACUGGCUUGAAACGCUGUCGUCCGGCCUCCGCCCUUUGACCCCCCCAGCAGCCCCCUUUGUCGAGCCAGACUUGAGCCUGGAUUCAGAUCUAAAUGUCAAUCGAGUGCUGGACCUGAUGAUAGAGCAGUGGUGA